AUGACAAUCCACAAAUCACAGGGCCAGUCAUUUGACAAGGUAGGUGUUUAUCUGCACAGCCCAGUCUUUGUGCAUGGUCAGUUGUAUGUAGCUCUGUCGAGAGUGCGCUAUGCAAACGGUCUAAGAGUGUAUUUUGCUGACAAUGGAGACCAAGGAAAGUAUGAGAAUGGUAAAGUAUACACAAGAAAUGUUGUAUACAAUGAGAUACUGGAAUGA